AUGGAGGUUUCAGUCACGGCAGCCAACGACAUCCUUGAAGCCAGCGAUGGUCUGCCAUUGUACAGAGAGUUCAGCCAAGGCCCGGUCCUUGCUAUCAGCAUAUCCAUACCAACAAAGGGUCGACGAGCGAAUUUCGAUGUGGCUCAGGUCAGACUUCAAAGCGCUAUCAGAAGUCGUGUAGGCUCGCAAGUGUCUAUCAAAAAGACCCUCAACUUGGUCGAAUACGUUCCCUGGUCUCAUUUUACCCCGGUUCAUGCUACGUCGACUGCGACCACCACGAGUUACAGUGCCAAGGUCUCCUUUGAUGUAUCUGGCAAGCCUCACAAACAGAGCGUUAUGCUUCCAUCAACGAGCCUUGACGGGUCGACAUAUGUUACGCAGCAUACUGCACUCAAUGAUCGUCACCUCGUGCGAGGCACAUGUGAGACGUAUUCUUGGGUCAAUGUCGACUUCGUCCAGAACGGGAUUUCGGUCUAUCAAACCAAAGAACCAGUAGAGCUUGAAGUCAAGCCACAGCAUAUGACAAUCGCAUCACCAAAGACCAUUCGCGGUGGCGCUGCUGCGAUGUGCCGAACCGUUGUCUCUGGGCUUCGUUCGCGGUGGGCUGCGAGCCCUGCUGCAGUGACUGCAGAGGUGUCUCUACCAUCAGACGAGGAACUACACUUGGUGGACAACAAGAACCCCGCAACGAACAAGACUUACACAUCGGUCGAAUUGCCUUUGCACGUGGCGUUCAGCGGACUGUCUGCCCCUGUGGUCGAGGCGAUCUCCCAGUCCGGCGGGGUCAGGUGCGAUGUAGAAACCAAGUGGUACAGCACACGCUCUUUCAACACUUCGGCACAGGCCUCAGCGGGUCAUACAGAACCCAACCGAACAGUGAUCGCGAGCCAGCUUAUCUCGACACAGGGCUCGGCGGUCAUAUUUCCACCCCUAGCGCGGCCAAGCAAUGGCGCCAGCGCAGAAGAAAAGCUUUCGACAAUGAGCUUGCUUCAUCUCGUUCUGCCGAAAUCGGCGUCACUACCGAGCGUGCAGACCGAUCUGCUAAAAGUCGAGUACGAGUUGGAAUUGAAGUAUACGUUUCAAUUGGACGGAUACAAAUCGCCGCUGUUCCUGAAAGGAAAGGCGAAAGUCGACUGUUGUUUGUCGUCGUGA